AUGUCGGAGAAGCCAGCGAACGUCGACUUUGGGUUGAAAUCGCCAUAUAAUGAGUCUGUGUACGAGCUUGUUGGACCAGAUACCAAAGGAGUGCCCUCGCUGGUUUGUAAGCAGGUGAUUGUGCAGAACUUCUGUCCAAAGAUCAGUGUUGUUUCAACGAGAAAGUCCGACUCUGUGGCUUCUGAGUUGGGGUUUGUCAACUUUCUUGAGUUCUUGAGGUGCUUUGAACAACCAUUGAUAGAACAGGAUACCGGAAUAACUUCACAAUAUCGUUCUUCUUCCAAGCUGACAGUGCGGUUUGUCAGCCCCAUUUCGGAACAGUUGCGCGAUCAGGAGUCAUUAUUAGAGGUUAGACGACUCAGUGUGGGCGGUAGUGGGCUAUUGAACUCAUCGGAGUCAAUAAGUCAAUCUUUUCCCGUCACAGAGCUGUAUAAUUUGGGCGCCUUGAAUCCUUUUAUAAACGAUCAUAUCAAGGAUGUCGAUUCGGUGAUAAUUUCCAGCCAAAAUCAACAGGAAACCAAAGUCGCCCGGGAUUCAAUUUAUUACAAGCUGCUCACAAAAUCCAUUUCCUCGACAACAAUCUCGCCGUUCGAGUUUUUCAACCAUCCCGUCAUGCAGCUGUAUGUAGUUUCGGGAACAGAUUCUCUUGAGGAUGUGAAUGAAACUUUGAACGGGUGGAAAAAAGCCGUUUAUCCAGGAUGGCUGGAUGUCGAGACGAUGCUGGAGUUGGUCCUGAUCGUUGUUGAUCCCGAGAAAACCUUACAAGAGGGACUCAGGUUGCAAGAGGAGUUGAAGCUGCAAAUGGGCACGAAAAGCGUAAUUGUUCCAUUAGACCAGUCAGAAGACAAGGUGGAGGUGCAGAAGCCAUUAUUUGCCCAGUUGGGCGAAGAACUGAACCGAACAGGAUCUAUCCAGAGAGAGAUUCCUGCACAGAUUCACGAAACGUUUAAUGAGCAGAUCAUAGAUAUUCUUUACAAACAGCUACUACCAUACAUGGAGAAAAACAUAAGGUUAUGGACCGAAGAGCUGGUUGUUCCUCGGAAGAGUUUUACCGGACGACUGUUCAACGCCGGAAAGAAAUGGGGAGGUGGAAACUCCAAAAAGUCGUUUUUCUCGUUUGGCGGGAAUGGAAGUGAGAAAGUACAAGAUGCUGCUCCAGAACCAAGUGGAUCUUCUUUCAACAAGAGGGAAGGCUACUAUAGCGCAUCUGCUCCAGAAAUGCAAAUAAGAAGACUGGCCGACUGGAGCUUCAUGAUCCGUGACUACAAAAGCUCUUACACCACUUACGAGUUACUGAAAAAAGAUUUCCUCACCGACAAGGCAUACAAUUAUUUGGCAUCGUUGCAAGAAUUCAUGAUAGUUUCUCUGUUAAUCGGAGCAAGCAACAAAGUUAAUCCGUUAGAUAAGUCUACGGCUGCUACCAACACAAAUGGAAUCACAGGGAAAAUGAUAUCGGAGGUUAUCAACCCUAUGGUUGAUUCCUCGUACUACUCUUAUCUGUCUCGAUUCAAUUUGAAGACAUACAGCAUACGGCUGGUGAUUGUGAUUGCCGAGCUUUUUGUCGUUCUUGGACAAUCGUCGGCACUGCAUGGACAAUCGUCGAGCUCGGCGUGUCAACUGUACUACGACGAGGCCAUCAAGCUGUUUAUCAAACUGAUCGAUUCGCAGUUACUGGAAAGCACGUCAACUGCCGUGUUGAUGGAGAGAUUGGCAUGCAUAUACUACACAUACAACAAGCCAGAGAGACGCGUAUCCGCUCCAGCAAAGGAGUCCUACUACGAGCAAGAGAAUCCAAUGAAACUCAAAAUUCCCGACCUGGCUUCGUUCGGUCAUACCAGAUAUAGAAAGUCCAUACUGUGGCUGAUCCUUGCUGCCAGAGAGCUCGACCCUGUUUCAAAACCCACCCAAACAAAAAUUCUGGUCGAAAGCAUCGAGCAAGAGAUCGAACAGCUGCAAGACCCAGAGGUAUCGCGCUGGCUACAUCGAGAUGACGGUCUUUUAUUGGGCUUGAAGAAAAGCUUAGGUAUCGAUGCACAGCCGUGA